AUGGUUUUCUUUCAGGGCACACUCCAAGAGGGCAUUGCCGCUGCGCUGCAGCAGGGAAAGUCUGUUGUAUGCUUUGUGACAGACGGCGAGGCAGAGAGCCAGCAGUGGGAGGAUGACUUUUUUGCUGAGGAAGAGGCAAGCUUCUCUCAAACGCUCAAGGAGUACAUCGCCGCUGGUGUUUCCAAGGAUGAGUUUGUGAGGAGGAUGAAAGCGGCGCUCACGACGCCGCAACCACCGGCUGCCCAGCCGGCAGCCCCUGAGCCUCAGCCCGCGGCACCGCCGGUAGCAGCCGCCGCAAGCCAGCCAAGCCACGCCGAGGAGUCUUCGGCAAGCAGUUCAGGCCAAGCCACGCCGCCAUCCCCUACUGACUCACGCGUCCGGGCACUGCUCGCCGAGAGAGCCGCGCGACUUCAACAGCAGAAGAAUGCCGAAGAAGAAGCGGCCAAGCGCCAACGCGCCGAAAAGGCCAAAGCAGCGGCGGAGGCGGAAGCGAGCGGGCGGAAGCAGCCCAGCGAGCAGAGCAAGCACGCCGCAGCCCUCCGCAAGAGGCAACAGGAGGCGCGCGAGGAGCGACAGCGUAUCCUCAAGGCCAUCGAGGACAACAAAGCCGCCCGGCGGGCCGAGAGGGCCUCCGCCGAGGCCGCACGCAAGGCAGCAGCAGCAGAAGCAGAAGCAGCAGCGUCGGAGCAGCCCGCCUCGGCCCCCUUCGCGCCGGCCAGCCCGCUCCUGCCGUCCACGAACCGGCUGAGCGAGCACUGCUCCAUCCAGGUGCGGCUUCUCGACGGCUCGACCAUCCGCAGCCGCUUCUCGAGCGACGAGACGCUGGCCGACGUGCGGCGGUGGGUCGACGAGACCCGCCGCGACGGCCCGGCGCCCUACGCGUUCAAGGUGCUGCUCACCCCGCUGCCCAGCCGGACGAUCGACGCCGCCGAGGAGCGCAAGUCGCUCCGGGAGCUGGAGCUCGCGCCGUCGGCGACGCUGAUUCUGCUGCGCGCGCACAAGCCCGCCGCUACUGCCGCUGCCGCCGCCGCCUACCCGUCUUCUGCGGGAGGAGCGGCUCUCGCUGAGGGGAACAUCUUCCAGAGGCUGGUUGCGUACAUCCUGGCUGUGAUCAGUGGGGUGUUUGGCACCAUCUAUGCGUUCUUCUCGACGUUCUUUAGCACCGCCGGGCCGGCGGCGGCGCCGCCGGAGGCAGCCUCUGCCCAGACUUCGCAGAGCCGGCCUGCCGGUGACGCAGCCCGGCGCCGCGGAGGGCGGAUAGCGGGGUUGGUUCAGGCGGACGAGCCGCGGAAUGACCAGCAGUUCUACAAUGGCAAUUCUCCCAGGGCGGACGACGGGGAGUGA